AUAUGAAGUAAUGUUGCUUUUAAAACUGAACUUAACUUCUUUUCUCUAGGCGUUGGCUAGUAUAAGUCAUAUUGCUCAUAUUACUAUAACUUCUAAAACAGCUGAUGGAAAAUGUGCCUACAGGUAGGGCAAAUUACUCUGAUGGAAAACUGAAGAGCAUUCCAAAACCUUGUGCAGGAAACCAAGGAACUCAGAUCAUAGUUGAAGAUUUAUUUUACAAUAUAGCCACCAGGAGAAAAGCUUUUAAAAAUUAUUGUGAAGAAUAUACAAAAAUACUGGAUGUUGUCAGCAGGUAUGCCAUUCACAACUCUGGCAUCAGUUUUUCUGUUAAAAAGCAAAGCGAGACAGUUGCAGAUAUAAGAACACUGUCAACUAAUACAGCUAUCGACAAUAUUCGGUCUGUCUUUGGAAAUGCUGUUAGCAGAGAAUUGAUUGAAGUGGGCUGUGAAGAUGCAACAUUGGCUUUUAAAAUGAAAGGUUUGGUAACGAAUGCAAAUUAUUCUAUGAAGAAGUGCAUCUUUUUACUUUUUGUAAAUCAUCGAUUGGUAGAGUCAACUGCCUUGCGCAGAGCAAUAGAGACUAUAUAUGCUGCUUAUUUACCCAAAAGCACGUAUCCGUUUUUAUAUAUAAGUCUUGAGAUUGCACCUCCGAAUGUGGAUGUGAAUGUGCAUCCUACAAAGCAUGAAGUACAUUUCCUCCAUGAAGACAGCAUCCUGGAGCGUGUACAACAACAUAUAGAGAGCAAAUUGUUAGAUUCCAAUUCAUCAAGGAUGUAUUUCACUCAAACAUUAUUACCAGCCAUUACCGUCCCUUCCACUGAAGUUGUUAAAUCAGCGAAAUCUUCAGCUACUCAAGGAAGUGAGCAGAUUUAUGCUUACCAGAUGAUCCGUACUGACUCAAGGGACCAAAAAUUGGAUGCUUUUCUUCAACCAGUUAAUAAAACUAAGAAUGCAGAGCUUGUUGUGGUAGAACCGGAGGACAAUAGCAACAUGCAAUGUUGCAAGACUAUUGGAGUACAAGAUGUUGAAAUGGAAGAAUGUGAUUUGAGUACAAGUGUUUCAAGAGCUGAAGAGACUCUGACAGGAUCAAUGAAGAGCCAAUCAAUGCCAAUUGAAGAAGUACCUGAAAGAAAGAGGCAGCGAACAGAUCAUGGUCUUGAAAUGGAAAAAAAUCCACAAAAGGAAAUGGAUGCUGCUUCCACUCCAAGAAGAAGAAUUAUUAAUCUAACCAGUGUAUUGACUCUUCAAGAAGAAAUUAAUAAAAGGGCAAAUGCAAGUCUUCAAGAGCUGCUUCGUGAUCAUUCCUUUGUUGGAUGUGUUAGUCCUCAAUGGGCACUGGUUCAGCAUCAGACAAAACUUUAUCUUCUGAAUACCACAAAACUCAGUCAAGAAAUGUUCUAUCAGAUCCUUAUUUAUGACUUUGGAAAUUUUGGAGUUUUAAGAUUAUCAGAAGCAGCUCCUCUCUUUGAUCUGGCUAUGUUGGCCUUGGAGAAUGCUGAAAGUGGUUGGACAGAAGAAGAUGGUCCAAAGGAAGGCCUUGCUGAAUAUAUUGUUGACUUCCUAUCAAAGAAGAGUGAAAUGCUAAAAGACUAUUUCUCCCUUGAAAUUGAUGCGGGAAAUCUUACUGGACUGCCGCUUCUGAUAGAUAAUUAUGUUCCUCCACUGGAAGGGCUACCUAUGUUUAUCCUUCGUUUGGCCACAGAGGUAAACUGGGAUGAAGAAAAGCAGUGUUUUGAUAGUCUUAGUAAAGAAUGUGCCAUGUUCUACUCUAUUAGAAAGCAGUAUAUAUUGGAAGAGUCUGAUCUCACUUUUCAACAGGUUGAAGAAUCUGGAAAAUGUCUGAGAUCAUGGAAAUGGACAGUGGAACAUACACUCUACAAAGCUUUUCGGUCAUACCUUUUACCUCCUGCAAAUUUUAGAGAAGAUGGCAAUGUUUUACAACUUGCUAAUCUACCUGACUUGUACAAAGUUUUUGAGAGAUGCUAAAUACAAAUAUUUAAUCUAGAAUUAUUUAAUAUAUUUUCUUUCUCAUCAUUAUAAUCUUUAAUCAGUUAUUGAAUAUUACUGCAUAAAUAUCUGCAUAAAAAUGGCUAUUGUAUGGUUAGAAAACUAAUCCACUGUUGUUCAACUUUUUACAAUAUCCACAUAUUGUACAGUGAGCAAAUAAAGAAAACUUAAUUAAACUCACAGAUUUCUGUUUAUAACCAAAAAUGUGAAGAAUAUUUAAAUUCUCAUCCUACUAUUAAUGAACGAUACAACUGAUGAAUUGGAAAAAUAUGGAAGACCAGAAUUCUCUUUUCUACUUGAUCCUAUUUUAGUAUUUCUGCUGGCAGGUAGUUUGGGAAUAGAUUAUUAGAGCACCCUUACAUAUAAAGGAUCAUUCAAAUUUUAAAUGGCGAUAAAGGUAGUCCUUGACUUAUGACCAUAUGGUUAAGUAAGUCAAUCUGGCUUGUCCAUUGACUUUGCUUGUCAAGGAGUUGCAAAGGGUGAUCACAUGAUCCUGAGACACUGCAACCGUCAUAAAAACAAAUCCGUUGCCAAGCAUCUUAAUUUUAAGCCUGUGACCAUGGUCAUAUGAAAUAUGGUCAUAAGUCACUUUUGUCAGUGCCAUUGUAACUUUGAAUGGUCACUAAACAAACUAUUGUAAGUCGAGGACUACCUAGAAAUUAGCAACUUUUUAUUAGUAUCAAUGAAUAUAAACAGCUUCUGUUAAUACAGCUUUUACUUACUUAAUUAUAUCCUGUCAAGUUUAUUAUUCAAAAUAAGUAACUGAAACAUUUUUAGUCUGUAAUGUUUUGAGUUAUAUGGAGGAUAAACAUUCUUAGAAUUAGCACAUUAAAAAGCUAAACAAUAAAAAUGUUAGAGAACAUUAAGACAAGACACACCCAUGCUAUGCAAAGUGUCCAUUUAAUAGGUUUGUACCUGCCACAUUUCUCCCACCCACAUUUCACUCCACACUUAAGCAUCACACAUAUCACGUUUUACACACUGUACAGUAACAAAUCUUGCUCACUAUUCUUACAUUAAGAAUAGGGAUGGUUCUGUUUAAAAUUGAAAUCUCAAGUGUGCAUCACCAUGCAAUAAAGCAGAUUUUAUACAGUCAUUUCUAUUUUUAUAUAAAUUUAAAUAUUGUACAAAAGUGUUUUCCAUCAAAAUGUAUAAAAUUUAGCAAACAAGACUCCAAUUGUAUUUUAAAAUAAAUGGUAUUUGAUUUCCAUA